CUGCUGGGGAGCUCUUCCCCACUGCAUCUCCCUGACUCAUGGGAGACCGGCUGUGACCAGCCCCUCCCUGAUGCCCUGUGGCCUUGUCAGGGGACACCUGCCCAUGAGAUCACCCUAGCGGAGACUCAGGACAGGUGCUAGGUCACCUCACUGUGCACAGCAGGCCUUAGAUUAGCUCUCGUUUUACACGUGUGGAAACCGAGUCCUAGGGCGGUGAAAUGGCUUUCUGUGUCACACAGCUAUCAGUGCUGCCGAAUAGGACUACGUCUUUCUGGCUCGCAGUUCAAAGUGUCUUCCAGAAUUUUUUUGAAUGGUUGCAGAUUUCCUGGUUUUAGUUUUUCAACCUUGGAGGUUCUCUGAAACUGAAGUUUGUUUCUUGGGAACUAGGACUAUGAAAUAGCAAGUCUUUGUGGUAGACCUUUAUUACGAGAUCUACCACGCUCCUGGCAUGUACUAAAUGUCCGCUGGGCAGUUGGUCGGGUCAGCUAUUGUCAUCCAUGUCCUGUGGAUGGAAACAACUGUCUGGUCACCAUGGGACAGUCUUCCCUCGGCAGCAGAUCUGUGGCACUGGCCUCGCCUCACCUGUUGGGGCCAGCACCUGGGAAGGCGUUUACAUUCUUGGCAUUCCUCUUGCCACUGGGGGCUGCUGGGAUCUGGUGAGAGGCCUUGUAGAUGGGGGGGGAGGAGGGAAAGCUGAGGAGAAUGGAUCUUUUCAACCUCUGUGUUAGGUCAGGAGAAAGCCCCUCCCAGGUUCCCUCCACCGAAGGCCCCUUCUUAGCCUUUUUCUCACGUGGCUUUGAAGUUGUUGGCUUGUAGGAUUUUGGCUUCGUGGUGCUCAGGCUGGAACUCUGGAACAUUCUGCAUGCUAGCACCCUAUCACUGAGCCAUUCCUGCAGCCUGAAGUCAGCAGCAUGAAGUUCCUUCUGUGAAACAGGCAUGCUAGUUGCACCCCUAUCACCCAGUGGCUGGCGGAGUAAACUGAUUGGAAGUGGGGCUGGCGUGCCGUAGCCAGCAGUCACAAGGGCUAACUGCAAUUAAGAGCUAUAGAUGUGGAAACUAAGGGUCAGUAGGUCAAGUUACAAGCAGGCUGAAAGUGGCAUCCCCCAAAAGCUGGUACUGUGGAACCUGCCAGGGUGCAGGAGAGCCCCAGGGAUGGAAGAGGGUUCCUUCUGGUAGAAGACUGCUGCUUGUUCUGGUAUGGAAAACACACAGUGUGACCGUGGGUGGCAGCUGUUGUCAGCAAUGAAGCCUGGAAACAGACACACGUGUGUGCUGACUGUCACCAGGGUCGACCAGGAGACCUAAGGGUACUGCAGCCUCAGCCUGGGCUGGCCAGGACUGACUGCUGGCCAAGGUGAGGUUCAGGCCAGCCCCAGAGUCCCUGUCACUAGAUUGGAGAGGGGAGGGGAGGGGAGAUCCGCGCGGCCUCCAGGGAUGGCUUGUUACCCCUUCCCCUCCCCUUCCCCCAGGCUCUAGCAUUUGUUUCCUUCCGAAGCUGCGCUGGGCUCUUAGACACCGCAACAAAGGCCACUUUCCUCCGAGCCACUGCCACCUGUUGGGUUUUCACACAUUUCGAGGGAGUGGGGGGAGGGAGCCGUUGCCCUUUUCCCAGUGUCUCUGGUGUGCCCCCGCUGCCCCCCCAGGGCCCGGGAUUCUCUUUGCUGCCUGGUUGUGACAGGACUCUGGAGCAGGAGGAGGUGGGGGGCCAGCAGCAGCUGGAAGGGGAACUGAGUGGGAAGGGGCCAGAGCUGGCAGCGGGGGAGAGUUUGAUGGAUUACUCCACAGGCCCAGAGGUUUCUCCCUAAUCCCCCUUUGUGUCCCGGCCUGCAGCCCCUCACUCUCUCUGACAAGCUGCUGAGCAGAAGGCUUCUAGUCUGAAGGAAGAAAAGGCAGCUCAGCAGGGUGAACUCUAAAUCCCUGGCCUCCCAGCCACGGGGGAGGCAGGAGCUGGGGAACCUGCCUGGGGUGGGGCCGGGUCCCCCUUCCCUCUGCCCAGUCCUUGUUCUUUGUUAGGGUUCCCUCAGAGUAGUGAGCCUGCCUUACGAGUGGGUCCUCGGAUGCCUGUGAGGUGGUGUUGCUUGAGUAGUCACUGUGGAGUUUUUCUUGAGUGGGGCAAGGGAUAAACAGACCCUCCCCGUUUGGAAAUAGCGGGUCCCAGAAAGCCAAAGACCAGUGAGUGAUGGGCUGGGAGGUAUGGGGACUUAGUGGUUCCAUGCUGCGAGCCCAUCCCAGGAGCCCAGGUAGACAUUUCCACAGCACCUGCGUGAGGUCUGCAAGCUCCGUGCCUCAAGGUGUCUCUAAGUUUCCUUAUGAAGAAGCUACCAUGAGGAUGCAGCUGCACUUUAGAGUGCUGUGUACCAAAUUCUAUUAGGCAAGGCUCAGGGCACUGGUCUCCUGGGAUUGAGGCAAGGGUAUGUAUGGGCAGUAGGGGUGUUGCGCUGGGAAACACUCAGACCCCAGAGGGUCAUCUUCUUGCUGCCAGCCUCAAGGGGCUGCCCAGUGUGGAACAAAGCAUUGAAUCCCAUCCACUGUGGAGGAGCAGGGGUCCCCACCUCCUUUCCCUCUGGCCUUGCCUGGAGUGGGCCAGAGAAGUUGAACUGGGAUGCUCAACCCCUUUCUUUGGCUGUGCCUGGUGCGAGACAGUCCCUACCAGGUUUCUCUCUCCGGGAAGAACGGUGGGUUGUGGUGCCGGCUAGAGAAGUGUGUUCUGAGUCUCCAGCGGACCCCGUCUGUGAGAAAGCAGCCCUCUUUGUGAGUGUGGAGGGGAGGACACAGGGUCGCAGAGCCUGCGGGGUCAGUGUGAGGGCCGAGGCUGUUUGAUGUGCCUGGGCGGGGUGUGGGGACUCCGGCAUGCAUAAAGAGGCCAUAGAAUUUCUGUGUGACAGUGGCGGGGCGGGGCCUGUCCCAGACUCUGCUGGCUGUGGCCUCUGUCAGCAGAGGGUAUCUGCUCCGCUGGGCCACCUCAGCCGUGCGGGGUGGCAGGAGCCCCUUUGAAAGCCCUCAAAGGCCUCUUUAUGUUGCCUCUGAUCCGCCCUUCCCCUAUGGAGCCGUGAAGGACAGGGCUCACUUGGGUCACUUUCCUAUGCUGGCCUCCACUCUUGUCUUUUGAGUUUUGGACAAAGUUCAGGCCAAGUUUGUUCCUGUGACUCAGUUUCGCUUCCCUAGGCUGCCUGCUGGGGGUGAAGUGGGGGCAUUCUGGGCCAGCAGGAUCUGUCUUGGUCCUCACUGGGUUUGUGGCUGGGCAUGUUAUAGGUGUGUUUGGGAGGAAGACUAGUUUUCGAUCCUUUAAACCCACACCUCUGCUGAACUUGUUCAUCCCUUUGCACACACGUUUCUCAGGUCCCUAGUCUUGCUGGGAAGUGUGUCAAAGAGUUGCCUGCCCUGGGGCUUGGUGCUGCAUCUUGAGGUUCAUAGAACUGUUAAGAGUCCAGGUUCACUGAUGCCCCCAUUCCACCUUCAUAGGCUUUAAUUCUGAUCCUGAUAGGGAUGAGGAAGGAUGGUUUAGAGAAAGCUCCGUGAAGGGUCCGAGUGGUUUCUCCUGGCUGUUUUGCUGUCUGGCCACGAGGACCCACAGAGAAGGAGGGAGGAGUCUGAAGCUUGAGAGGAACAUCCGCACCCGCAAGGCUGCUCAUGCUUAUCCAUCCUCCUCUGACCUGGUCAGCCUUCCUCCGCCUUUCUCUUCCUGCCACUCCCUCUCCAGGUGAGCAGCUGGCUCUGCGGGUUGAUCUCCUGUUUGGCAGACCAAGCGCUCCAGAAGUCGUGGGGAAAGCACCUGAAUCUGAAAGUCUCUGACGAGAAGAAAAUGGGGAGAGUUAGACCCUGUCGCCCUCCCCGUGUUCCUUAACCCAGGAGGAUGAGGGAGCCCGGAUCGAAAGGGGCAACUGUGAUCUGUCCCUUCAUGGCUUUGAUGAGAGCACACUCUGGUGCUGCCGCCAGAGUGGUACUCGGGGCAGAGGGCCCUGUGGGUAAUUCUGUCAGCUGGAGUCAGGGCAUGGGGGCCUGCAAUGGGGUUGGCAGACCCUUAUCAGGGCGGCAGUUGAGGAGGGUAGGGCAGUGAGGUAAGAAAGUAGGACUUUGGGGGGGGCGCGUUCUUGGGGGCUUAGAAUUCCUUGGAUAAUUCUGGACUCUGGGCCAUUGAGAGUGUUUCUCCUUCCAGGGCAGAGAAGGUAUAAAAAGAGGGAGGGCAGACUCAGCAACCAAAGCGCAGAGGCCUGGGAGCCUGAGGCCUGGGAGCCUGCCUGUCUUACACCCCACUCAUUUCCAUGAAUCAUUUGUGUGAGCCCCUGGCCCGGACCCCAGAUACCAACCAGGUAGAGGAUCUCUGUGGGGUGCAGAGAAGCACCCUAGCUCAGAAGCUGCCUGGACUGCAGGAGGAUGGGGGAAUGCUUAUGUUCCUAUUUUUCCGGUGGCCUAAGAACUCCCCACUCCCAGAAGUGCCCAGGGGACUGAGGGAGAACUGCCUUCCCUGAAGGAAGGCAGGUGGAGUGGCCUGACUAAUGGAGAAAGCAGGACUUGGAGAAUAAGGGCAGGUUUAUGGGUGAGGUUGGGUCUGGCAAAGUCUCUGUUUGCUCAAGGAGGACCUGGUCUCUUAAACCUAGUGCCAGGAGAGUGCCCAGUCCCUCCCAGGCCGAGCAAGGGUGGGAAGUAGAAUGGCUAGAAGUCUUUUACCCCAGAACCUGCCCCUCUGGGCUGGGGAACUUUCCCUCUGUAUCACUAGGGAAAGGGCAGGGGUCAAGUUGAACCCAAGUAGCCCAGCUAACGCUGAUGACUGUCGCUGCUUCCGCUUCAGGAAUGUGUGGGUCAGUAUUUUAUCUGCCUUUUUCAUGCUGCCCUUUCAUAAACCUUACCAUAAACCUUUCAUAAACCCUUACCAACAUGUAAGGACUUUGGGGAGGGAGCUGCCAGGUGCCCAGAUUUAUCUCAAGUUCUGUAUUUCCUGGUUUUCCAGCAGCUGAGCCCCAGGGGGCCUCUAUGGAGUAGACAGACCUUCCUCAGCUAGAUGGUGUCUGGUCUCUCUGAGGUGCAGCUUAGCACCUACUACAAGCUUUUGACACAGGGUCCCCUGGGGUGGGGGCAUGGGGCUUGGUGUUAGUGGAGAAGAAAAAAAGGAGUGUCUUUUAUCAGGAGCUGGUUGUUGGCAGAGGGGACGUGUGGAGGGAGCUGCAGCUGCCUCAGCCCUCCCAUCAGGAGCAGCCUCUCUUCAGCAACAUUUAUAGGGUUGAUUGGUGAGGAGUGGAAAGGUGGGGUGUAGUGGCAAGUUUUGUUUCCUGUUCCUCUUUUGGGGUAAAUGCAGGUUGGCAGGCUCUUAGCUUUUCUCACCAGAGCCUAACCCCCCCCCACCGUCUUUUAGUACAUUUUUAUGCUGAUUUGAAAUUUCCCCUUUCAGUCUUUAGAAGUGUGUGUGUGUGUGUGUGUGUGUGUGUGUGCAUGGGUGUGUGGCUGCAGGGUUAAACCCAAGGCUUUGCACAUGCUAGGCAGUUUCUCUACCUCUUAGUUACAUGCAACCCCUCCUUUAAUAUUGGGGCUCACCAUGUAGUUCAGGCUGGCCUCAAACUGAUGAUCCUCCUGCUUCAGUAUUCCAAGUGAGGGAACUGUAUGUAGGACUGCUUACCCACCAUGCCCUUCUUUCAUAGUUUGCAUAGCAGGCAGCAGUAGUGCCUGUGGGAAGCAAGACCUGGCAGUUACCCAGUGAACCCGGUAACUACGGAGGGACUGUGUGAAUGGAGGCCAGAGGUCAGCCAGGAAGCGAUGGCAUCCCACUAGCUCAGGGCUCAUCGGCAUCAUCUCAGAUGGUACCAGUCAAUACAUAGGGCUGAGAUCUGGGAUCCUGUGCUGUGAGGCUGGGGUUAAGGAGUGGUCCCAGCUCGUUGGGACAGAUGGGCAGUCAUGUAUGGAUUGUACUGUCCCCCACCUCUUGGGAACAAUAACUCACGGGAAAACUCAAGAGAUCCUUGGGCUCCAAGAGGAACUCAGCAUCUCAGUAACAGGUUGAAACCCCAUGUGAGGAACUGUCCCCUUUCUUCCCUCAUGUCUCUGGCCUGAGGCGUGGGGGUUACAAUGUAACAUGCAUGGCUCAGCCUCGGGUAGAGAAGAGGAAGUGCCACUUUAUUGUUUUGCUUUUUAACAGGUUACACGAGCAUAAUUAUGUGUGUGCUGUGUGUUCUUGUUUGUGUGAGUGGAGGCCAGAGGUUAGGUAGUGGAUGUCUUCCUUGACGCUUUAUUUUUUUGAGGCAGGAUUGGUCACUGAACUUGGAGCUCACCAAUUGGCUAGGCUGGCUGGCCGAUGAGUUAGAGCCGCCUGCCAGGCUCCGCCCCAGCACUGGGACUGUAGCCGAGUGAGGCCACACUGGCUCUUAGAUGAUGCUGGAGAUCGGAAUUUAGAUCUUUAUGUUUUUGUAUCAGGCACUUUGCCAACUGAGCCUCCAUCCCCGCCCUCGCCUGGAAGUAUUUGUGUGUGUGUGUGGUAUGUGUUCAUAUGCAUGUGUAUCGGUGUGUGCAAAGGCCAGAGAUUGAUAAUCAAAUGUCCUCUCCUAUUGCUCUCCGAGUUAUUUUCUGGGACCAGGUCUUCACUGGAGCUGGGGGUCACCGGCUCAUCUGGAUGACCCCGGGAUCGUCCUGUUUCUACCUCCCAGCCUGAGGGUUACAGAUAUGCAUUACCGUGACCAGCUAAGAAUCUGCUGGGAAUCUCAACUCAGUGCCUCUUGCUUGCACAGUAGACGCUCGACUGAGCCACCCCUCGGCUCCAGAACUGUCACUUGGAACAAGAAUUGAGUGGCCCCAUCCUGGGAAGUUGGAGAGAAAAGCAAAUGAGUUGGGUCUGGCAGAGGGUGUCCAGCACUACCUUGGGAGCCAGUCCUGAGUUUCUCCAAAAAGGGAUCUGACUGAUGAGAUGUGUCCCCAUCAAGGCACUGAGUGAUGUCAUGUGUUUAGCGUGGGAUGAAAUACUUCACUGAUACCAAAGGGCUGACGGAAAUGGGAGUCCGGCUGAACCCUAGGAAGUUGGUGGUAGCGAGGAGACGCCAUGGCAGGGCUGAGCCAAAGCAGCUGUGGAGUAUAUGAACAGCCCCUGAAGCCCUAACUGCCCUGUCCAUCAUGAUCCAGAGGCUGUGGGCCAGCCGCCUGCUACGGCAUCGGAAAGCCCAGCUCCUGCUGGUCAACCUGCUGACCUUUGGCCUGGAGGUGUGUCUGGCUGCUGGCAUUACCUAUGUGCCACCCCUUCUGCUGGAAGUAGGGGUAGAGGAGAAGUUCAUGACCAUGGUGUUGGGCAUUGGCCCAGUGCUGGGCCUGGUCUCUGUUCCACUCCUCGGCUCAGCCAGUGACCAGUGGCGUGGGCGCUAUGGCCGCCGGAGGCCCUUCAUCUGGGCUCUGUCCCUGGGUGUCUUGCUAAGCCUCUUUCUCAUCCCAAGGGCUGGCUGGCUGGCAGGGCUGCUGUGCCCGGAUACCAGGCCCCUGGAGUUGGCCCUGCUGAUCUUGGGAGUGGGGCUGCUGGACUUCUGCGGCCAGGUGUGUUUCACUCCGCUGGAGGCCUUACUCUCCGACCUCUUCCGGGACCCAGACCACUGCCGUCAAGCCUUCUCUGUCUAUGCCUUCAUGAUCAGCCUCGGGGGCUGCCUGGGCUACCUCUUACCUGCCAUUGACUGGGACACCAGUGCCCUGGCCCCCUACCUGGGCACUCAGGAAGAAUGCCUCUUUGGCCUCCUCAGCCUCAUCUUUCUCGCCUGCAUGGCAGCCACUCUGUUUGUGGCCGAGGAGGCAGUCCUGGGCCCACCCGAGCCAGCAGAAGGGCUGUUGGUCCCCUCCGCGGCACCCCGCCGCCGCUGCCCGUGCAGUGUGGGCCUGGCUUUCCGGAAUCUGGGCGCCCUGUUUCCCCGGCUGCACCAGCUGUGCUGCCGCAUGCCUCGCACCCUGCGCCGGCUCUUCGUGGCGGAGCUGUGCAGCUGGAUGGCACUCAUGACUUUCACACUAUUCUACACAGACUUUGUGGGAGAGGGGCUGUACCAGGGCAUACCCAGAGCCGAGCCAGGCACUGAGGCCCGGAGACACUAUGAUGAAGGCAUCCGAAUGGGCAGCCUGGGGCUCUUCCUGCAGUGCGCCAUCUCCCUCUUCUUCUCCCUGGUCAUGGACAGGCUGGUACAGCGGUUUGGCACCCGGGCAGUCUAUCUGGCUAGUGUGAUGACCUUUCCUCUGGCUGCUGGUGCCACCUGCCUGUCGCACAGCGUGGUCGUAGUAACAGCCUCAGCUGCCCUCACCGGCUUCACCUUCUCGGCCUUGCAGAUCCUGCCUUACACGCUGGCCUCCCUCUACCAUCGCGAGAAACAGGUGUUCCUGCCCAAAUACCGAGGGGACGCUGGAGGUGGUGGUAACAGUGAGGACAGCCAGACAACCAGCUUCUUGUCAGGCCCUAAGCCAGGAGCUCCCUUCCCCAAUGGACAUGUGAACUCCGGCAGCAGCGGCAGCAUCCUGGUGCCUCCACCUGCGCUCUGCGGGGCCUCUGCUUGCGAUGUCUCCAUGCGAGUGGUGGUGGGUGAGCCACCCGAGGCCAAGGUUGUGACUGGACGGGGCAUUUGCCUGGACCUCGCCAUCCUGGACAGUGCGUUCCUGCUGUCCCAGGUGGCUCCGUCCCUGUUGAUGGGCUCCAUUGUCCAGCUGAGCCACUCUGUCACCGCCUAUAUGGUGUCAGCCGCAGGCUUGGGUCUGGUCGCCAUUUACUUCGCUACACAGGUAGUGUUUGACAAGAAUGACUUGUCCAAAUACUCUGUGUAGAUGCUGUGAGGCAUCGAGGAAGGGUCUGCCUCAGGAGUCUCCGCCUAGAGGGCUGCUAAGCUGGCCUCUCCAGGUCUCUUGUUGCCUAAGUGGUGUAGCUCUCUGCUGCCCCCCGAAGGCUGUGGUGUGUAGUUGCACAGAUAGAAGCCGGCCCACUGGGUGCCUGGCUGAAGUUCCGCAGGGAUGCAAGUGCGGGUUUGUACCGGUGCAUUACCAAGGCUCAGAGUUAACCUCCUGCUUGAGUCACCACGGAAGUUUUUGGGGACCUGGAUGAACUUCCCUCUUAAGUCUCUUGUCCAGGUUCUGCCCCCGUUGCUCGUGCAUGGGCCUUUCCUCCAUAGGGUUCGACAGGAUGGAAGGAGGAAGGAGGAGCCCUAAGAGGCAUGAUGAGACCCCACGGUCCACAGCACCGCUUUUCUGCUGAGUCUCCCACCCCACCUGUUCCGGGAAAUGGCUCAGCUUGUUGGCCCUAUCGUUGGCCCUUGUGUUGCCAUCAAGGAGGCACAGGCCUUUAAAUAUUUAAUUUAUUUAUUUAACACAUUAGAAGUAAAAUUCAUUCCCAUUUUGUGUGCCUAGGAGUUGAGUAGGAUGGGCUCCCCAAGGAUUGGCUCCCCUAAAAUAGCCGAUUCUGCCAGACUCCUCUUCUAGGGUGGUAGAUACGGUCCCCCAAACUGCCUAGCCCAGUACCUUGGGCAGUCCUCUUCACCCUGACUGAGAGCCAUGAGAUGUCCCCACUCGAGUUGAGGGAAAGUGGAAUGGGGCCCAGGCUCUUCACAACAUGCCAAGUCCCACUUUUCUCUCGCCCCAGCUUGGCUCCCUGACUCCCCCACUUCCCCCCUAUAGGACUGAACCCAUGAAGCAAUUGCCCUUCCAACUCUGUCCACUGGCUCCAUGACCUCUAUGUGGGACUUUAUGAACCCGAAGCACAAGUGUGGUUCCUAAGGCCUCUGCCCGUCGCAGCCUCGGGGGCGUAUCUGUCACAGCCUGGGGAAUCUCACACAAACUCAGGAGUUACUCCCUGCCAGAGCCAAGGAGCUCUCGUCUAGGGGGUGGAUUUCAGUGCUGAUUGCAAUAAUGUUGUGUCUUAUUUAUUUAGCAGAGUAAAUAUUUUAUACUGUAUGUGAGAAAUCAGAGUAUAAUGUUUAUGGUGAUGAAAUUAAAAGCUUCUUAUAUGUUUA